GUGACAACUAACGUUAACCGCCUACGGGUGAGCUGUGGAUGUGGACACAGGGGGUGUCCGAUGUAUAGCAUCUGACUCAGUCACUGACAAAGAACAAGAUGAACAAUUACAGGAAGCAGAUUGCAGAACAGUUCCUGAGUCAGGCCCUGGGUAUCAUCUGCCUGCUGACCGGAGAGGAAUACACCAUUGUGAAGAAGAGGCCCUCCCACAGCAGCUUUCAACGGCUGAGCGGAGAGGUGCCUAUAAAGUGUGAUGAUGUUGCUGUGUAUUUCUCUAUGGAGGAGUGGGAGUAUAUAGAGGGACACAAGGAGCUUUACAAGGACGUCAUGAUGGAGACUCACCAAGCACUAAGGACUAUGGAGAUCCCAGGAAGUGAGAACUCAGAUGACAUUAGUACUGACGUACAUGUUAAAACAGAAGAUCUGAGUGUAACGUGUCAGCUGGAAGCUCCAAUGCAGGAAAUGUGUGACAGUGACAAUGAAGGUGUAAACAGUGCGAAAAAAAAUUGUAAAACAGAACAAACAGAAGAUCAGUGGCUAAGUAAUAUGCCAGAAGCUGCAAAGCAGGAAAUAUGUGACAAUAUAAGUACAGGUGAAAAAGAUGCUAAGAUUUCAUGUAACAUGGAACAAACAGAAGAUCAGUGGCUAAGUAAUAUGCCUGAAGCUGCAAAGCAGGAACUAUGUGACAAUAUAAAUACAGGUGAGUUCACAAACAGCAAUAACCCUAGUCAUGAUCAGAGUGCAGAUGCUUCUUCAACUCUUCUUCAACAUCAAAGAAGCCAAAUGGGAAAUUUAUGUUCUGAAUGUGGGAAAUGUUUUCUCAAGAAAUCACAUCUUUAUAGACAUCUGAAAAUUCAUAAAGGAGAAAAUCCAUUUUCCUGUUCUAUAUGUGGGACAUGUUUUAACCGUAAAGGAAAUCUUGUUGUUCAUCAGAAAAUUCAUACAGGAGAAAAAGAAAUUUCAUGUUCUGUAUGUGGGAAAUGCUUUACUCGGAAGUCGUAUCUUAUUGUCCAUCAGAAAAUUCAUACAGGAGAGAAAGGAUAUUCAUGUUCUGACUGUGGGAAAUGUUUUACUGUGAAAUCAACUCUUAUUACGCAUCAGAAAAUACAUACAGGAGAGAGAGACUUUUCAUGUUCUGACUGUGGAAAAUGUUUUACUGUGAAAUCAAAUCUUAUAAAGCAUCAGAAAAUUCAUACAGGAGAAAGAGCAUUUUCAUGUUCUGAAUGUGGGAAAUGUUUUACUCAGAAACCACAUCUUAUUAGUCAUCAGAAAAUUCACACAGGGGAGAAAGCAUUUUCAUGUUCUGAAUGUGGGAAAUAUUUUACUUUAAAGUCAAAUCUUAUUAAACAUCAGAAAAUUCAUACAGGGGAAAAAUCAUUUUUCUGUUCUGAAUGUGGGAAAUGUUUUACUAUGAACGCACAUCUUAUUAGGCAUCUUAAAAGUCAUAUUAAAGGAAAUAAGAACAUAACUACUUAAAGGACCUCUCAUUGCAGUAGAAGUGCAUAAUAAAAAGAAAAUGAUUUAACACCUA